GCUGCGGUUGACACAGCGCGGCUGAUGUGGGGGACGCAACGCUACGUGUUUCAUCGUUAGAAUGAAAAUGUCCAGAAAACGCUGUAAUUAAGCGUAAAGCCACACAAAGGAGCCUGUUUUGUUACCUCUUAUAGGGACAAUGAAAACAACCACUGGACGAGGAAAGUUUGCUAACACAGGCUAACGUUGGCUGCGCUCCUAACAGUUGAGGUUUGGCUCAGCUGUCGACACUUCCCAGCUUUUAUACAGGGGGAGGUUUCCGGGGUCCAGACUGUUAUGCAGUGAUUGUAAACGUGGCGGAUUAUCGAUUGAAUGGUUGCUUUUUACCUAGUAACUUUUUGUAGAUUUGCAUUCAGCUUAAAGAUAAUGAGCUAAAUACACGCUUGGAUUGGAACCAGCGCAGGGCAAACAACUGCAGAGAUGAGUCAGCUUUGGUGGCGAGAAAAACGCCUGUCAGAGAGGUUGGGGAACGAUUCUCCCAAUGGCCUCCCUCCAGGUUCUCCAGCCACUUUGGCCCCACAAACCAAUUCCUCUUGGGCCCCCGAAACCCCUCUGGUCACACCAGAAGAGCCAUUUUUCCUCAUGACCUCCACUGCCCAGGCUAUAUCAGGGUUUUUUGUCUGGACAGCACUACUGAUCACAUGUCACCAGAUCUACAUGCACCUACGUUACUACAGCUCUCCAAAUGAGCAGCGGCACAUAGUCAGGAUCCUCUUCAUAGUCCCCAUCUAUGCCUUCGACUCCUGGCUCAGCCUUCUAUUCUUUACCAAUGAGGAGUAUUACGUGUACUUCGACACGGUUCGAGACUGCUAUGAAGAUGAGUCAGCUUUGGUGGCGAGAAAAACGCCUGUCAGAGAGGUUGGGGAACGAUUCUCCCAAUGGCCUCCCUCCAGGUUCUCCAGCCACUUUGGCCCCACAAACCAAUUCCUCUUGGGCCCCCGAAACCCCUCUGGUCACACCAGAAGAGCCAUUUUUCCUCAUGACCUCCACUGCCCAGGCUAUAUCAGGGUUUUUUGUCUGGACAGCACUACUGAUCACAUGUCACCAGAUCUACAUGCACCUACGUUACUACAGCUCUCCAAAUGAGCAGCGGCACAUAGUCAGGAUCCUCUUCAUAGUCCCCAUCUAUGCCUUCGACUCCUGGCUCAGCCUUCUAUUCUUUACCAAUGAGGAGUAUUACGUGUACUUCGACACGGUUCGAGACUGCUAUGAAGCCUUUGUCAUCUACAACUUCCUGAGUCUGUGUUACGAGUAUCUGGGAGGAGAGAGUGCCAUCAUGGCCGAGAUCAGAGGCAAACCUAUUGAGUCAAGCUGCAUGUAUGGAACCUGUUGUCUGUGGGGAAAGACCUACUCUAUUGGAUUCCUCAGGUUUUGCAAACAGGCAACCCUCCAGUUCUGUGUGGUGAAACCUCUGAUGGCAGUGAUCACCGUCAUUCUUCAGGCCUUUGGCAAAUACAAAGAUGGAGACUUUAACGUGGCUAGUGGCUACCUGUAUGUCACUAUUAUCUACAACAUCUCUGUCAGCCUGUCGCUUUACGCACUCUUCCUCUUCUACUUCGCUACGCGUGAACUGCUGGUCCCUUACAACCCUGUACUCAAGUUCUUCAUGGUCAAGUCGGUCAUCUUUCUCUCUUUCUGGCAGGGGAUGCUGCUGGCCAUUCUGGAGAAAUGUGGAGCCAUUCCUCAGAUCAGCUCAGCCAACUUCUCUGUGGGUGAAGGAACGGUUGCCGCCGGCUACCAAAACUUCAUCAUCUGCAUUGAGAUGUUCUUUGCCGCCAUUGCUUUGCGCCAUGCCUUCACUUAUAAGGUGUACAUGGACAAAAGGCUGGACUCGUAUGGCUCGUUUCCUAUCUAUGGACAAUACGGUCGCUGCGCCCCAAUGAAGAGUAUCUCCAGCAGCUUGAAGGAGACCAUGAAUCCAGGGGACAUGGUUCAAGAUGCCAUCCAUAACUUCUCCCCAGCUUAUCAGCAGUACACCCAGCAGUCCACACUGGAGCGAAGCGGGGGGCCGGCCCUGUCCCGCAGCCACAGUAACCUCAGCACCCGUGGAGACAACGAAAAGACCCUCCUGCUGAGCUCUGACGACGAGUUCUGAGACUGAAACCCACUCUGGGGUUCACACAAGUCCUGUUGCCCUUACUAAAUUAUUAUGAAGCCAUGUGAGAUGAAUCAGAUAAUUUUGUUUCAGUUUUCAUUUUAGAUAGCAAUGGAAGCUCAGAUCUGUCAGAUUUAUGAAAUGGGUGGGAUGUCACACGCAACAACAGAAGUAAGAUGUUUUUAUGAGUUUAAGGGAAAAGAGUGCUGCAGCAAGAAAAGAAUGGAUAGAAAGAGAUUUUAGAAAUAAAGUUAACAAGCAGUGAGGUUAUGAACACCAUGCUGUUCUAUGUGCAGUUGUGGUUCUAGGCUGUUACAGACAGAAAUAUUAUAUCUUGAUCCACUAGCUGAAAAUGGGUCAGUACAAAUGACCAUGCCUGCCAAUAGCAGCUCUAAGUAGUGCACUUUAUAAGAUACGACAAAAAAGUUGUCACAUAAAUACCAGAAAAAAAAAACGAGUUUGAUUUUCAUCUAAAGUAAAUGGCUUCAAACAUUGCCAAAAAUAAAGCAGAACCUAGUGCUUUACUCUGCCUUCAAGUUUAGAAUUGCUUUAUAGUCAAGCAAAGGUGAUGAAUCUUUAAACUGCUGGAUUUCAUUCUGAUACAAAUAAUUAUUUUAUAUUUAAGGUUGUAUUACCUGGAACUCAUUUAAAAUUAGUUUGUUGGAAUAUUAAUCUAGAAAUGUUAUAAAUAUAUUGUGUAUUUUCUCAAUAUUGUGGGUUUUGCUUGAUGAAGUGACUCAAAAGUGUCAUGUAGAGUAUUGUUUGUGGAGCACUGAGAGAACAGCUGUACAAGAGUCCUUUUUUUUUUUUGCGUGGGCGGAGAGUCUAGCAGAAGGAUCGCGCCCACGCAGAUUACAGAUUACUGAAGAGGCGACGCUUCCUGCGUAGCUGACCCAGCUGUGAUAUGCUGUGCACUGUAAUCUGAUAAUUAAUUGUCUUUGGUGCAGCGUAGUUCAGGCCUGCCUCUGCUGGUACUGCUUGUAAUGACAUUAAUGCUGUAGCAGUAAAAGGGGAGGACGUUAAUCAUUACAGACAGAAAAGGCUGUGCAAAGAUGUGUUUGUGCAGACAAGGCUUUAAAUCAGAUUGGAUUUAUUUUCUAAAUAUAUAUUAUUUAUGCACACGAAGAAUUAGACUCUGUACUUGAAUAUAUGGGCAUGGUAAAGUUGCAAAAUGUGUACAGGGAUGUGCAAAAGCAGUGGUUUGCUGAAGAAUAGCAGAGGCUGCUAGUUUUUAUCCCCUUUCUUCAGAAGUUGAUAUAACUGUUUAAUUUAAUUCUUCAUAUGAAUUCAUGUUUCUUAUGCCUUUUUCUUGUGGCCAGUAUAUAACUGGCUUAUGGUUGUAAUUCAAAGUAAAUUAUUUAAUGAUGGAGUAAAGCAGUAUGCUGACAGGUAACAUUAAGCUCAUCGCUGCCUCUGAAUGUGCAUUUCCAGACAGAUUUUACAGACUGCCUCCAGUUAGUAACUGUAUGUAAAAACAUGACAUGAUUUUACAUUUUCUGUAAGAAAUGAAUGUAGAAUAAACAGAAAAAUGAACAAAUUUGUGUCUACCAUGUCCAUAAGACAAUAGUAUUUGGUAGGCAGAAAAUUUAGUUUGAUGCGGUGAUUGCUAAACAAAAUCUCCCUUCCAGCCAUCUCAUGCUUGAAUAACAAAUGCACCCUUUGUGUGUUUUUCUGUUAAACUUAAGUUCAAUUCAGGGUCAAGUGCAUUUUGUUUUAUUACUGUAUAUUCAGUUAGUGUUAGUGAAAAAUCAAAACUCAUAACUCUAAAUUGAGGCCCCUGCCUACAGCAUAUCUGGCUGAGGCAUUUUGAUUUAAAUAUCGGUUGUGAUAUCAUGUGUAAAGUCAGUCACAUGAAGAGUGGUGUAAAUAGUCAAAGCACUGUGAAAUAUUUAAAGUGAGGACUGUAAUGGCAUUUCUUGGUAUAGUGCUUUGUUUUUAAUACUCUUGAUUAUUUUAAUUUUAUAUGUGCCCCUUUUUCUUUUCUUUUUGUAUACUUUUUAUGUAUAUUGGUAAUAUGUUUGGAUUCUGAAUCAUUUCAGUUGAU